ACUGAGCCUGCAACCGUUGCUAUAGAAACGGACUGUAAACGCUGGUGGUUGGCAUAGCGGUUUAACGUGAAUAUAGAUUUGGUUAAGUAUGGAGGAAACAUUGAAUGGUAAAAUAUCUAAUGGAGCUGUUAACAUUACAGUUCUGCGAGGGAAUAACUUGCAGGGCAACAAACACGAGCCCUUACACCACUUUGUGCGUGUUGAAUUUAACGGUGCGUUGGUGGGAGAGUCAGACCGGAGGCAGGAGGUUGACGUGACUGAGGGAGUGGUGGACUAUGACUUCAGCUGCAGCUUCAGAUGUCCUGACGACAGACACAGCCUCGACGACAUGGCCCACAAACCUCUCAUAUUGACAGUGAUGGAGAUCCUGCCCAAGGAGAAGAAGCAGAAGGAGGAGAGGACCGCGGUACUGGGCCAAGCCGUGAUGGACCUGCUGCCACUUCUCCAUGGUCAGUGCAACAUCUCGUCACUUGUUCAACUGCAUUGCGCUGCUGGUUCCUCACUGGAGACGGUCUCAUUGGACAACCUCACUCUGCUGCCCUCGCUGGAGGUGGCUGUCAGCGUCGCCACGCCGCUGCUGUCUGAAGCCCAGCGGCUGUCCUCCAACCUGCUGAUGGUUACCAUGGAGACCGCCUUCGGCGUCCCGGAGGUGUGGAGCCUGACCGUCUCGCCGGGCACUCCUGCCUGCUGCUACACGGCGGCUCUAAAGCUUCCUGUCACAGCCGAGAAAGAGGAGAUUCUGAUGUUCUCUGAGGGCCAGCUCAGAGCAGGGGAUGAGAGGGAAGCCCCAGACAGACCCAGGAAGUGGCCCCAGGUGGGUUCUCUGGCCCCUGGAGCCCAGGUCUUCUCUAGGGCGGUGGCCACUCAGGAGGAGCUUGAUGAGGAGGAGUUCGGAGACCUCACUAGCCCGGAGGACAGGGAGUUCUGUCAUGUGGCGGAGACGACCAAGAAGAGAGUGUGCUGGGACACGGUGCGGCGCUGCUUCUUGGACACCGGGGGCUCCACCAGGUUGUCAGAGAGGAUCGAAAAGUGCCGACUGUGGCCGCUGGAGAUCAUGAAGGCCCCGCCUCCAGUAGUCCAGGGAGGAAAGGUGCCUGAAACUGAACCUGAGCAGCAGAUCUCUUUCCACGGCGUGGCCUAUGUGGACAUGGGGCCCCUGCUGUACCCGGGGGCCACCCGCGUCAGAGGGACCUACAGAGUCCACCCCUUCUCCGAGUCCGACCUGCUCGCCAAGACCAAGCGGACGGUGAGUGUGUUGAAGGAGCAGGCCAAGGCUGCAGCCUCUCAGGUUAAACUAAGCCUUAGCCCGCCAGCAGCCUCCCCCAAGGGGACUCCCAGCAAGGGGGUGAAUGGAGGAAACAAGGCUGGGAAGGAGACAACCAAAAAACUCAGCGCGGUUGCUGAACAGACAGGCCAGAGCAAGCUUCCAGCUGCUGAAACCGUGACUGAGGUGGACCCACUUGUCCUCGCAGAGAGACAGAUGUAUGCGGAUGCCAGAACCUACAUCGUCGUUGAGAUCACCGUAGAGAAACCCCUGGUCCCCAAGAGACCGCCCGCUGAGCUGGCCAAAAAAGUGAUGGAGCUGAUUCCUCCCAGACUUCCGUUACCUCGUCACCCUGCCGGGGCUGGAAAAGCAGUGCAGGAGUUCCAUCAAGAGGUCACCAGUGUGGUGGGCCAGGUCUUGGAUCAGUACCAGCAGCUGUUUGGGGCUGCCUUCCAGCCCGGGGUCCAGCCCAUGGACCCCAGCACCCAGGAUCACCGCCGGAGACAGCUGCUAGGGGAACUCAACUACUCUGGGAAGUACUUCGCCUUAAAGGAACAGAUGAAGAGCUCCGUGGUGAAGAUAGUGCGUGAGAAGAUGCUGAGGACUGAGGCCUUCUCCCACCCAGAGCAGCUGCAGGCCUUCCUCAGCCAGCUCUACGUCUACCUGGUGGAUCAGAUGCACCUGGCUCUCAACAUGACGGAGGAGCCUCCGGAGGCAGCGGAGGUGGUGCGGCCCGUCCUGGACGUCUCUCAGCUCAGACACUUUGCCAGGGAGGCGGAGCAUAACGGAGACUUCCAGCUGGCCGCCCAGUACUACCAGGAGCGGUUGGUCGGGGGGCCGACGGAGCCCUCCCAUUGGUUGGACUACGGGACCUUCUACAUGCGUACCGGGGACCACGUCAAGGCCGAGGAGUGUUUCCACCACGCCGUCUCCCUCCAGCAGACCCACCUGCCCAGCCUGGUGAUGUGUGGGGUCCUGGCCGAGAUGGGGGAGCGCUACGACAAUGUGGAGACGUACCUGGAGGCAGCGACCGGCGCCCACCCAGCCAGCGUGGUGGCCUGGACCCUGUCUGGGAUGUUCCACCAGGGGCAGAACAACGACUUCAAGGCCGAGAGCUGCUUCCUGACGGCGGGCAGGCUGCUGAGGGCCAGAGAGGGGAGAGGGGGGCCCCGGGGGGGGAGGGGAAAGGCCAAGGAGGGGAGAGGAGAGGCCCCCGAGGGGACCGGUGAGACCCGGGAGGGGAGGGAAAGCACCCAGGGUGAGGAGCCCAAGCUCGAGGGACGGGACGAUGAGGAACAGGAGGAACAGGAGGAGGAGGGAGAGUUGUUGGAGGAGAAGGGAACGAAGGAACGGGAGGAGGCCAAGCCAGAGAGUGUCGGCGUGGAGCCAGAGAGAGAGAGGCAAGCUGACGCAGAGAUGCCAGCUGCAGCUUGCAAGCCCACCCCGGCGUAUAGCAGGACACAAUCCGCACCCCCUAGGUCGUCCAUCUACAUGGAGACCGCCCAGUUCCUGCUGCAGCACCAUGCCCUGCAGAUGGCCCAGAGAGCUCUGGCCCAGGAACUGCUGUCUUCCGACGGGGGUCUAACCCAUGGUCUGACCACCGCUUACUGCCUGGCCGCUGCCAAGCUGCAGAUGCUAAGCGCAGACUACUGUAGUGCUGCUGCCACCCUGAAGGGGGCGCUGGCUAACACUAGCAAGGAGCCCGAGGCGUGGGCCCUGCUGGGUCACUGCAGCUACCUGAGUGGGGACCGGGCCAAGGCCCGCCAGUGUUACCAGAGGUGCCUGGAGUACCAGCGGCAGCCUGAGGACACACACCCCGUCUUCCUCCGCCUGGGCUCCAUCUACCUCCAGGAAGGAAAGUUCCAGAAUGCCAGAACCAUAUACCUGCAGGCCUGCAGCAGCUCCCCAUCCUGUCUCACCUGGCUGGGGCUGGGCAUUGCCUGUUAUCGGCUGGAGAUCCUGAGUGAAGCUGAGGAGGCACUGACGGAGGCAAACACCUUGAACAACAUGAACCCAGAUGUGUGGGGAUACCUGUCUCUGGUCUCCCUCAAGAUUGGCAGAAGAUUGGAAGCAGAGCAGUCAUACAAGUAUGCUGUGAAGCUGAACCUGCAGGACGAGCCGGUCCUCAGGGAGAUCAAGGAGCUACAGGACCAGUUAGGCUUUGGGGAUCCUUCAUUCUAACUUCUUUCAGUGGUUAUAUUAUUAUAUUAUAUUAUACAUUAUAUGAUGUUGUAAUGUAUUUUUUUAAUGUUGUAAUAAAUAUUUUUUGGAAAAUAUUGA